CUGUAAAUUUUCGAAAGGGGUUGACGUGGAACGAUUGCCCCUCUAGCUCGUUUAUUCUCCCUCUCAUCUACGGAGGAACAGAUAUGGAUGGACGCUAUAUGUUGCUUGCUCGAGCAUAACCGACCCAAAGCUGUUCUACAAAUUGAUAUAAGGACAGCGUCGAGCGAAAGGAGUGAAUUAUGCAUGUGUCACGGGGGGUCUUCGACGUUGAAUCCGCCGUGAGGAAGCUGUCUUCUCGUUUUCGUCGUCAUCCUGGGCAAGUUUCACGACUAGAAUGGCCCGUAAUUUCGGCUGUUCGUCCUUUAUUCUACGUCAUUCGAUUUAUCGGACACGCUCCGUUGGAGAUUCGUGACGACCGUUUCGUAUCCUGGACUUACGGAAUUUUUUACUCCAUACUCUGCUGCAUGCUUCACACUUACCUUCUCUACAUCGUUCUCCGCAAAUUCACCGGCAUCGAAAGAAACACACCGAUUCUCGACGUCACCGAAACUGCGAAGGUGAUCUCUAAUUACUCAGUCUUGAUGCUGAACAUCCUGGGAUCUCUUUGGACGCGAAAGGAACUCGCCGAGGUGACGAACAUCAUGAAGCAGUUCGAUACAAGGAUGCGUUAUCUCGGUUAUCCGCUAAAGGAAAGAUCCGUGAAAGUUUGGGUCUUCUUCACGUUCGUUUUCAGCUUCAUCGCCUGGGCCGUUAUCGUCGGGACGGGCAUUAUCGCCUUCCAUGAAUCCUUCGUUGAAAACAUGAUCUACAUUCUGGGCUACGUGACGAACUCAUUCAGCACAAUAAAGUUCUCAGGCAUUGUGCUUCUGCUCGGACAACGCUUUCGACAUCUGAACGAAGUCGCUCAACGUAGCAAGGACUCGUCAACUUUGCCCACGCAAAAGUACCUCGGGGUAGAUUUCAGAGUGAUACAUCAGCUGCACAACAGCCUAAUGAACGCGAGCGAGAGUCUGAGUCGUCAGUACUCUUGGCCCCUUUUGGCAUGGUUGAUAAAUCUCUGCGGCCACAGCGUGGCCAAUCUGUACUUUUUGAUUGACUGGCUUGUAUCGACGACAGACACAGUGGACACGCGGUGGUCCCUCGUCGCCUGCAUCGCUUGGUGGGUCGUCGUUUUUGGAUCUCAACUUCUGCUGCUUCACAUCACCUGUCACUAUACUUCGAGCGAGGCAAACAGCAUAGGCUCGAUCCUGUUCAACUGGAAGUCUUCCACCAUCAGACGUAGCUACAGAAUCGAAUCUUCUCUGCAUCUCAUCAAUCGUAGGUUGAACUUUUCUGCGGCUGGCUGCUUCCACGUAAACUUGCCUCUCCUGCGCUCCAUCACCGCUCUCCUCACAACGUAUCUCGUACUCUUGUUGCAAUUUCAGGCCUAAAUAACAUGCCGCCUUUUCUUGUGUCAAAUACAACUUUGAGUGGCAACCACUGUUCAUUCAUGUAACACACUUACUCUCUUCGAACGCUGUACGGUUGCCAAAAACUUCGACGACUAGGAGGGGGAGACAGCAAAAACAGCUCUUGGCCUCUUUCCGGCUUUUCCCCAGCAAUCCGAAGCUCGUUUUUGCGG